AAGUAGAUUACCAAGUUAGGAGGUUAGCAGGGCACUCACUGUUGCAUAUAAUGCCUGAUUAUAUGACCAAUGGGUAAUCGUAUAAAUGUGCCCCGACAGACGUUAUGCAAUUCAGAGCGCCUUGCAAUAUCUACUUUCCGUAAAAUUACAGCAUGUUUACCAACAAGUCUUAUAUCUGUUUACCAUGCUGUAUUCGAGAAACACAUAAGCUACCUUUUUCACCUGUCUGUUUACUGUGUCCCUGUAAACUUGCUUUGCUACGUUUGCACACCUAGACCGCAGCACUACAUAUUUUUGGUUUGAGAAUGACCCUGAAGGCUAAAAGCCAGUUGGCCAGACGAAGUAGUUUAAACCUACAAAAUUAGUUGCAUGCUACAGACUAGCCCAAGCGUGUGCUCCGUUUCGCUCUGUGCGCCGUCUCGGGUGUAUGAAGUGUGGUCUGUAAGGAUAUUCAGCUGCUCUGUUGCGAAGCACGGUCACACAGUAGGCUACUCUUCUCACCUGCAAUAAUCCACGAGUUAAAUAAACACUAUUUAAUAACCGUUAGGUCUAAGAGACAACAUGACGAGACAAAGCCUACAAACUGUGAUUCCUGAUUCGAGCGCUCUAAUAUUUGCGUCCUGCUCUGGACGGUCCGACAGUCUCUUUCAAAAAUGAACUUAAAGGAACAAACCACGAUACCCUCUUACUGAUAGACUCUAUGGUUUCUAUGUUAAAUUGGUAAUAAUGAGCUGUUUUAGUAGCUUGGUAUUAGUCUCACACAUUCUAAACAUUGGUCUAUCUUUCAAGACACCGCGGGGCUAGGUGGCGGAGCUACGAUGAGCAAAGAGUUUGUCCUCCGGGCACAGUGGGUAAAAGUGAACUGUAGCCGGACGGGACUCGGUGAGGCGACAGUGUCGUCUCUGCUCUGUGUUGAAUUGAAUGGACACAGUUCGUCUGCUUCAUUUCUUUUAAUCUCAGGUUGAAAUAAACAGGAUUUACCAGUGGAGUGCCAGUUUUACCAGACUCAACUAUCUUGAUUUCAAGGAUUUUAGCAUUUUCCCGAGCCGUAGCCUACCCAGUCUUCCUCGUGCGUAAAUCCGAUAGACUGUGGACUCCACGGUAAAGCCAGACCACAUGCCUGCAAUGCUUUCGGCUGGUGUGAACGUUCGAGUCGACCCUGAAGAGGAAUGCUGUGCAGUUAAUUUCAGAGUUUUUCCUAAAGAAUCCAGAAGAAUCCUUCACUGACAGUCGCUUUUUCAAAUAUGGGAGAAAGCCACCGCUCAGCGAUUAAGUAGUUUUCCUGCACCUUGCUUUGCCUAAAAUUCUGCACAUUUACCGGAACAGCUCUGUGUCGGGACUUUUCUUAAGUUGAUCAUGCCACUGAUGAAAGUUACUCCCACUCCAGAGAAGGGGACUGCUCUGCGACUUUAACUGCAGAGCACAGUAAAUAUGUGCGGAGAGUGGAAGCUGUAACUCGAGGCGGGGUUAAGGUUCAGCUCUAUGGAGCGGUGAAGCGUUGGUUGCAGUUCGUAGAGUUGGAAAUGUGAAAGCAAGAAGCAGGCUUUAAUUUUUUCCCUCUCUCCCUUCUCUCUGUCUCUCUUUUUUUCUUUUCAUACACACGGACACAACCAUCACGCGUACACGGACACACAUAGAGUCUUCAUACACCCCCACACAUACACAAGCACACAUACACACACUCACACACAUCAGCACAUACAUAAACACGCUGACUUGUAACAGUUAUCCAAACAUACACUCAUACCUCACAAAUUCAAGAUAAAACACCAGAUAUGUAUUCGCCGCUAUGUCUAACACAGGAUGAAUUCCAUCCUUUCAUUGAAGCGCUGCUGCCACACGUGCGAGCCUUCGCUUACACUUGGUUCAACCUGCAGGCCCGCAAGAGGAAGUACUUCAAGAAGCACGAGAAGCGUAUGAGCAAAGAAGAGGAGCGCGCAGUGAAGGACGAGCUGCUCAGCGAGAAGCCAGAGGUCAAGCAAAAGUGGGCCUCGCGACUCCUCGCCAAACUGCGCAAGGACAUCCGGCCCGAGUUCCGUGAGGACUUUGUCUUAACUGUCACCGGCAAGAAGCCACCGUGCUGCGUGCUGUCCAAUCCCGACCAGAAGGGCAAGAUGAGGCGGAUUGAUUGCCUCCGUCAGGCCGACAAAGUGUGGCGUCUGGACCUGGUCAUGGUGAUUUUGUUCAAAGGUAUUCCACUGGAAAGCACGGACGGCGAGCGGCUGGUUAAGUCCCCGCAGUGCUCGAACCCGGGGCUGUGCGUGCAGCCACACCACAUAGGAGUUUCAGUGAAGGAGCUCGACCUGUACUUGGCCUACUUUGUGCAUGCUGAAGCAACACAGUCUGAGAGUCCAAACCAACCCAAUGAGUCCGACAUCAAGGAUCAGCCAGAAAAUGGUCAUCUGGGAUUCCAGGACAGUUUUGUCACAUCUGGGGUUUUCACCGUUUCAGAGCUGGUGCGCGUGUCACAGACUCCCAUUGCUGCAGGGACGGGACCCAACUUCUCCCUGGCCGACCUGGACAGCUCCUCCUAUUACAGCAUGAGCCCUGGAGCCAUGAGGCGACCCCUACCCAGCACCUCAUCCAGCAGCUCUGCGAAGCGUAUUAAGUGCAUUGAGGACGAAGUGGACAGUCCAGGCGAGGAGUCCUACUACCCUGGGCAGGGACGUUCACCGGGCAGCGGCAGCCAAGCCAGCAGCUGGCACGAGGUGGAGCCAGCUGGAUAUAAACUGCGUGGCUCGCUAGCUAGUUCGUUCAUCUCAAGACAAGGGAUGCCAUCGCCUACCACAUUAAAGAAGUCAGAGAAGUCUGGUUUCAGCAGCCCCGUGCCUGCGCAGAGCUCCUCCCCCCGAACGGCUUUCACACACCAUCAUCGGCCUGUCAUUACAGGACCCAGAGCAAGUCCCCAUGCCACGCCUUCUAGUCUGCAUUUCCCGACGUCGCCCAUCAUCCAGCAGCCAGGCUCCUACUUCUCUCACCCGGCCAUCCGCUACCAUCCACAGGAGACCUUGAAGGAGUUUGUCCAACUUGUCUGCCCUGACAGUGGUCAGCAAGCUGGACAGGUGGGCUUCCUUAAUCCCAACGGCAGCAGUCAGGGAAAGGUGCACAACCCGUUCCUGCCCACCCCGAUGCUGCCCCCCCCACCGCCCCCUCCCAUGGCACGGCCCGUGCCCUUGCCCGUGCCAGACUCCAAACCGCCCUCCACCUCCACCGAGGGAGGGGGCAACUCCCCCACCUCGCCAACUUACUCCACGCCGAGCACGUCCCCAGCUCAGCGCUUUGUCAGUGUGGGCCCCCGAGACCCCAGCUUUGUAAAUAUCCCUCAGCAGCCUCAGUGGUACCUGGGCUAAAGAUUCUGGACUCUCACCACCCCCCUCCAGAGGAACCCCUUUGCCCCAAAAUGAGUGCAACCUGCAAACCGUGUUCACCUGUCUACCUGUACACCUGUCUGACAGAGAGAAGUCCCCUACCCCUUGCAUCUGACAGACGCAUGGCUACAGCAGAACACAAACCACCGUUCCUGCCCCUCAGAAAAAAAGGAAAUCUACUUAUGCUUACAUACAUGCGCUAUAUAUAUCUAUAUAGCCCAUAUAUAUUAUUGCAUAUGUAUGGUUUAUAUAUUAUAUUUAUAUAUAGUAGCAGGCCAACUCAACAGGAGGUGCUACAUCUCCAUGGGAGAGCAACAAUAUAUUUUUUUUUGUUGAAAAGUGCACGUUUAUUAGCAUUUUCAUUUAGUCCUCCUCUAUGGCUUGGAGAAGGACAACAUGUUGACAUAAUCAAUCAUUUCCUCAGCUGGUGACUAUAGCUGAUUUGACACACAGGUCACCAGGCAGAACUCGUCCCGCUUUUGCUGUUUGUUCACUUGGCGUGUGUGUGUGUUGUGUGUGUGUGUGUGUGUGUGUGUGUGUGUGUGUGUGUGUGUGUGUGUGUGUGUGUGUGUAUGUUUGAGUGUGUGUGUGUGUGUGUGUGUGUGUGUAUGUGUGCUUACUUGAGACCUGCACAGUUUGGGGCUCCUGUUUCUCCUUCUGUGUUUUUCCAUCAUACCCCAUCCUGAACUGUCUGAUUCUCUUACUCUGCUGGGCUUGUGCACUGGUUAGAGUGCAGAGGUUUGCUGAAAUGUUUCUUAGACCUCUAUAGGCCAAACUGCCCCCUACUCACAUAGCCCUAAGGACUGUCAGAGCACUCAGUACACCCCUACUCCCACCAUAUUCCUGACCACUGGCCAUCGCUAAGCUGUGCAUGGAGGAGGGAAGCCAUCCUUUCUUCAGAGCCUUUUCAUGGACAUAUCGCAGCAAUUACAAACAUCCCAGUAAACCAGAGACAAAGACUUCCUACUUUUCCCUGGGAUGUGGGGCAGGGGAUGAGAGGACAAUUUAGGUUGAUGUUUUUGAUAUCGGUCAAAUCAGGUGAAAUUACACAAGCUUUGAGAGGCUACACAGUGUAUUUUGACAGGAGGGUUUUUGUUAGAAAGGAAAAAAAAACAUCCUGUCGUGGAGGUAUGUUCAUAUUUCAUAUUUGUUUUUGUAUAAAAGUUAUUUCAGUUAUUUCAACAUAUAUCCUACUAAAGGUCUGUAUGAUCAGUAAAUCCAAGGAUGGAGAAAAGGGUGAAGCUUCACCAGGAGCUGGAGGCAUGGUAUUAAGGCAAACAGUAGAUUACUGAAGUGAGGAAAGUGCAAUUUUUCAGAUAGCUGUUGGAAUUUUAAAUAUCUGCAUAAGAUUGUUAAACAGUAUAUAUAUAUAUAUAUAU